GAUAAAAUUGAACAUACCAUGCCGUAAAAAGUAAAUUCAAUGUUAUAUAUUGUGCCAUGUUAAUAUUUACAUUUGUGUUUUUUUAUCUAAUAUAUAUGCAUGAAACAAGUGGUGAGAGGCAAAACACAAAAAUUUCGAAUGGAUUAUAUGUGGGCGCACUCCUACAAAACCUUCUAUAGAUUGCAUGACUUGGCCACCAAUUGGCAAGAAGCCCGACAAAUGUGCGAAGCGGAAGGCACAACAUUACUCAUCCCCGAUACACUGGACGAAAUGGAAAACUUAAAACUACUGAUGAGUAACAUGAAAGCACACUAUACAGCCAUAUUCGUCGGAAUUCACGAUAAAUUUUCUUUUGGCAAUUACGUCACUGUUAGGGGAGAACCAAUAGCUGGCACGAUCUUGGAGUUACUUUGGGCUGAAGGACGACCAGAUAAUGUCAACGGUACAGAGCAUUGCGUUGUUAUGACAAGGGAAGGUUUAUUUGAUGAUCGUCCAUGUUCCGACAUAUAUCCUUUUGUUUGCAAAAUAUUAGGAAAUGAGACAAAAUAUAAUGACGUAUGCGAUAAUUUUGAUACAGGAUACGCUCCUCAUCAAGCGAUAAAUGGUAAAUGUUACAAGUUUCACUACGAACCAUUGUCUUGGCAUGACGCCUAUUUGGCCUGUAAAUUGGAAGAAGGACGUCUAGCUAUAAUCAACUCACCUAAAGAAGCGAAUAUAAUCGUCGGCUUUCUAGGCGAACAUUUAAACAGUAACAUUCCAGAUCCAAACAUUUUGUACAUUGGUUUCAGUGAUCUAAUGUUCCCAUAUCAAUAUAGAACUAUUGCAGGUCAAACCCUUGACGACGCUGGCUACGCAUCAUGGAGUCCUAUGAAAGAGGACUACAAGAAAACAAAACUAAAACGUUGUGGAGCAAUUUCUAGAACUGGUUUCCUUAAAAUUACAUAUUGUGAUAGCCCGGCAAUGUUCCUUUGUGAAAAAAUUCUUAACACAACUGCGAAUUUGUUAUAAAAUCAAAGUCCAUCAGGCAUUAAAGUGAAGUAUGUCAAUAAAGACAAGACAAGUACGUAAAUUUAAAAAAAGGGGAAAAAAAUGGUAAGCCCGUCAAGAUAGGUAUCAACUACUUGCCCCUAUUCUACCACUUUGGAGCACUACAUAGUACAGUUGUGUUCUGUUUUAAACUGUGAGUGAGCCAGUGUGCCUAAUUAAAGGCACAAGGGACAUACUUCUUAGUUCCACGAUGACAAUAUAAGGAUUGGUUAAUAUAUCUCUUAAAGCACAUCCGAAUCCCACAUAACCCUGUUCCUCCCCCCCAUGGGAGCUAGGUACCUUUCGGAAGGUUUCCACUGCGUGAAAAAAAAAUGGUUAAUAUAUCUCUUAAAGCACUAAUCUCUGUCAGUGGUGGUGACCACUUAUCACCAGGGGGCCCAUUUUCCAGACCACCUGUAUAUUAUAUUUUUUUAUAAAAAUAAUGUUAAGUAUACUUAAGGUAAAAUUAAAAAAUAGCAUUUAAUUUAUAAAAAAGCAACCAAGGAGCAUUAAUCGAGUGAGCAUCCGUUAAUUGAGAUUAAAAUGUGUUUGUGUGCGUACGUAUUUGUGUGUUGUGUAAUAAGUACAAAUCUAUUUAUGUAAUAAUGACAUAUAAUAUAAAUUGAUAUGGACGCUGUGACAUAAGAGCCUACAUUAGUGGUACUUAAUGUCACUCGUCAUGACCUCUCAUUGAAUGCAGUGUACACGACAGGCAUCUGACGUUUGACGAUAAUAUGCCUGCACUAUACAUUUAAAAGCAGUGGUGCGCGCGACUCGAUGAAUUGCGACUUUGUGGAUUACAACCACUGUUUGAAAGGAGUUAAUAAGCGUGAAAUUCUCGUAUUGUUUGAUUUUACGUUUUAAUUUAAAAAACCAAUUAUUAAUAUUUGUUGAUUUUAUUGAUGUGAAACAUCUAUUGGCGCGCCUGGACGUAAAACACAUGACGCCAAACGGUAUGACGAAUUUGUCUUCCAUCAUGACUUCACUCCGUGGUCGUUUUCUACACAAUUGUGUGUACUAUAUAACUCGGUACAAUAUAUUAAUAUUAUAAUAAAAAAUAUAUACAUUUUAGUAA